GACUAUGCUGUUGUGAUUGGUAUGUAGAGUAGCUGUCACAAUUGCUAUUUUGCCAACACCACCAUAUGAAGAGAAUAUCAUCAUUCGGAGAGCGUCAACAGAAAUUUAAUAGGCACGUAAGUGUAUUAUCGUAAUAUCAAUGUAGGUACCCUUUCGAUCAAGCCAUAUCCGAAUCCCAUAUCGAUGAUGUAAAUGUGCUUGCGAUAUUCAGCAUACCCGGCAAAUCAGGAAGGUCGAAGAACAAAACAGGCACACCAACAAUAACUUUGCUAACUCAAUCCAUUACCCCAUCUCGAAAUAUCGCAACCACAUCUAUAUAUCCAUCAUGGCGAAGACCGCGCUCAUCACCGGCGCAACUGGUUUACUUGGCAGACAAGUUCUCAAAGUAUUUGAUCGCGAAAAUUGGAAUACAGUUGGCACCGGAUUCUCGCGCGCGAAGCCUCCUACCAUUCUCAAGGUCGAUUUGGCUUCCGAGCCGGAAGUUGCAAAGGCGUUAAAUGAAUCCAAACCUCAAGUCGUCAUUCAUUGUGCAGCGAAUAGAUUUCCAGACAAAUGCGACAACGAUCCUGAAGGAACACGCGCUCUCAACAUUGCAGCUUCUGCUUCAUUGGCAAAGCUCUGCGCCGAACAAUCCAUCUUCCUUGUCUACAUCUCUACUGAUUAUGUUUUCCCUGGCACCGAAGGUGAUGCUCCCUACGAGACAAGCCACAUCGCAAACCCCCCGAAUCUAUAUGGAGAAACAAAAUAUGAGGGCGAGAAAGCCGUACUGGCAGAAUAUGAGAAAGCAGGCAAAUCUGGUCUGGGAGUGGUCUUGAGAGUUCCUGUACUCUAUGGAGAAGGUGAACCUGAAGAAAGUGCAGUUGGUGUACUGGUCAACUCGGUCUGGAAAGCCCAAGAGAAAGAUGCCAAUAUCAAAAUGGAUCAUUGGGCCUUGCGCUAUCCUACCAAUACAGAAGAUGUAGGUCGAGUUUUGUCAGAGAUUGCAACCAAAUAUCUUGAAAGUAAAGACCCAUCAUCUUUACCACGAGUCUUGCAAUUUUCUUCAGAGGAUAAAUUCACAAAAUAUGAGAUCUGCCAACUUUUUGCGGAGAUUUUGGGCUUGCCUUUGGAUGGUAUGGUGGCAAAUACAGAGGGGAAUGAUCCAAAUGCUAGUGUACAAAGACCUUAUGACUGUCAUCUGUCUACAAAGGCAUUGAAGGACCUGGGGAUCAACGUUGCGACAAUGGAUUUUACUGGAUUUUGGAAGAGGGAGAUGCGGGCUUUUAGGAAGUAGAGAAGCUUCAGGCUGGGACUCAAGGCUAGCAGCUGAACACUCUGCCAUAUACGACAAUAGUUGUGUUCUAUUACCCAGGAUUACAUUAUUGGCCAGAUUCGUAUCACAAUGAAAUGCCUAGAAACAACGUCUCGUAUUUCAAGGCUGGAAGUUCUAGUAGUUCAAUGUACUUCAAUUGCUACCAUUGACAAGGCGGCCCAAUAUCUUUCGAGUCAUUCUCACUUUCCUUCUUCUUUUCAAGGCAGCACGAGGUGAUGUCUUCUCAAUCAAAAGCUCGAUUCCAUUAGCUAUGCAAAAAAUCAGGCUGAUCCAAAGGUUUGAGUGUUGAACAUAAAUCAUACGGAAGUGCUCCAUGGUUCUCGCGUUACUCCUGCAGUGUGCUUUCGUAUACUCUGUUGAUUUAUCCAUAUCAAGGAAGUAAAGCAACAGCAUUGUGAGGGAUUAGUUAUAUUAAUACUUGCAUUUUUAUAUCCGGGAAUGUAUUCUUCAUUCUUGUUGACUUUCAGUAACUGCCAUAAUUUUGAUUUACCCAUGGAAAAUCGCUAUGGAGUGUCUCAUUAUCAGUCAUUCGAGAUCGCUUCUUCCUCGGGCACUGAAUUGCAGAGAUGUUUUCA